CGUGAAGGUCAGGAACUGCAGAUUAGUAAGCGGCACAUUUUUUUUUUUUUUUUUUUUUUUUUAGGAACCGGCUCCACGUUUUCUUUUAAAAAAAAAAAAAAGAGAAAGAAAGAACAGAAAGAAAGACGCCGCAUGCACGGAUGGACCCUCAGCUCCAGCAGUUUAUCGAGGUGGAGUCCCAGAAACAGAGGUUUCAGCAGCUCGUGCACCAAAUGACAGACGUCUGUUGGGAGAAGUGUAUGGACAAACCUGGACCCAAGCUGGACUCCCGGACAGAGACAUGCUUCGUAAACUGUGUGGAGCGCUUCAUUGACACAAGCCAGUUCAUUCUGAACCGACUGGAGCAGACGCAGAGGGGCAGGGGGUCUUUAACGGAGAGCAUGUCUGAUUAAGAUACCUGCCCCACAGCAUGGGCAUAGACAUUCCCUAACACUUCAGCCAGGCUGUAGUGUGCAUGUGGGAGGCACAGACUUUUAGCAAGUGGGCAUUUGAUGGUUUUGCCACCUUGUGCCUCAACCUAACAUUACCAUUAUGCCACAGGGGUGAUUUUAUCUUGUCCCUGUCCCCACCCAAGCCGAUUCUAAGGGAUGUCGAUAUACAAUAUUUCAGUGUCUGUUCAAACUCAGAGUUGUCGUUUUUUGGAAAGUCAUUGGGGAUCACAUUCAGGUUGAACCCUUUUAGUGAGAAAUCUAUAGAAGUCAAAGCUUGCCUGUAUGUUAGAGCUUUGAUUUACUUUCAUCAUGUAUAAUUUGUACAUGUAUUUAUUCCUUGGGGAGAAUUAGCAUUAACCUAUGGAAAGAUCAUUUGCUUAUAACACCAAUAAUAACACAGUGUAAUAACACUAUUUUCCUGGAUGAAGAAACUAGCUUCCUGAAUAAGUUAUUGAUGUGAAAUCAUUGAUUUUAAAGUUAUGUUGGGUUACCAGCAUUGUUCUUCCACAGACUGAUUCCAGUGCCUGAUCAUUGACCAAGACAUGCAGAUUUGAUCAUGGCCUUCCCCCAAAGUGAAUGGAUAGUUUGUUUUAUUUCUGUUUUCAUAAAAUUGGGAACUGCUAUGAUAUGUAUCCAAAGUAACUGAACCCUGCCCUGUUCAAAUUGAAAAUACAGAAAACUGAAGUAA